AAGCAACCCACACAUAUACCCAAUUCAGCAACCCUAUGUAUACAUAUCCAUCAUUCGUUCAAUAACAACACCCUCUUCCAUCAUUCACUUGCAAAAAAAGCACAACACAUAUAUACCCAGUACUACUUCACACGAAAAGAACACAUUUCACAUAUACAUUUUACUCUUUUCCCUCUCGUAUUAGCCUACACUUCCUUUUUUACUCCUUUACCACAGCAGUUUGGCAUAUUUUCUCUCUUUUGUUCUUUCUCCAUCUCUCUCUGUAUUACGUAUAUCAUGUUCACUACUACCCCUCAAACGCUGUUUUCUCUAUAUUUGAUUCCGUCGACAAACAGCCACAACAACUAUACAACUCACACCUGCUUAUUGUAUACAGCCAUGAACUCUUUAUAUCUCUUCUCUUUCUUAUUCAUUUGACAAAGCCUACUACUAUUUUUGUUUCUAUCUGUACAUAUAAUCUGACGAUGAUGACGACGAUUAUUAUUAUUUCCACAUAUUUCUCUCCACAUAUCAACAAUAGCUUCUUCACUUUCUUUUUCUCUCUUCUAUAUUUUUUUCUCCCCGCCGUUGCAACAUUUAUGCAUAACAACAAACCACACUUUUUCUCUUCCCUUUUCCACUCGAAAAAUGUUAGCUCUGCUCACUCGUUGACGAGAAAAACAUAUACUGUCAAUAUAAAAAAAAAGCAAAUACUCGUAUAAAAUUACUCGUGUGUUGGGUUUUUGCAUUAAAAAGGUGCAAUUGGCGCGGACAAAGGUGUGCCCGGGGUCGGAGACAGGUUUCGGCACCUCUGCCCGAACACAAAAAAGAAUCAAAGGUACGCUUUACCCACUAUCCGUCACGCUCUGUGCAACCUGAGAAUAUGAUAAAUAAUAACUAGACACAAAGUCGUCCCACUUUUCUAGUAUUCAUAUUA